AAAAAUGAACAGUGGUAUUAGGCGCGUCAUAGAUACAAAAUCGCUUUAGGUGUUCUGUUUCUGUUGUUGUUGCUUAAACAUUCUGUGUUUAACCGGCUAAAAUAGUCGUUCUCAUGUGUGCAAGCCUCCAGAAUUUAUUUUUUCAAGCUGAAUCUCCAGUAAAAAGGAAGAAGCAGAAAGUGAAGGAAAAAAAAGGAGCUCGCUGACCAGAAUUCCGUUUUAUGGCCAUUCUAGAUUGUAGCACAUUUGCUAGGUGAACCAAAUAAUUUAGCUUCCAUUUCCCCUUUUUUCUUCUUCCAGGAAACAAGCUGAUUCAUUUGCUAAGACAAAGAACCAUAUAUCUCAUAUUGAGGUGGAAAGCAGACUUUCCACGAUGGCGACUGAACCUCUCCAUGACAAUCUGGACAAUGUCGCAGCAACCGACGAAAGUGAUUCCUCUUCCCAGCAGCAACCCACCGUGUACAACUACGACCUGAGUGGUCCACAGUCCAAAGUUCUUUCCCCAGCAAACCAAGAAAGCACAUAUCUGCUUGGUGGAGUCACUGACCCUGGGUUGUGCAGUAACAAAAGCAGCCUUGGACAAAACCAAUUUCAGAUUUCUCCAGGGGGUAGCCCUGAGCACCGCCAGAUAAGAUCAAAUGGUGCUCUUCACUACAUAAGCCAGAUGCUGAUGGAAGACGCCGACGAGAGGGUCGACAUAUGCCAAGGGGAGGCUGCUCUCCAGGAUGCCGAGAAGCCAUUUCGUGACAUUCUUGGGGAGGUAUGCGCAUCGGCUACUAACUGGCCGCCAGACGACUCUGAUAAGAGUGGGACCAGCCACAAGAGGCUCUGGAGCACUAGCUUCAGUAAUGACUAUUCCAGUUACAAUGUGUUACAGCCCUUAGCAACCCCAUUGAGUCCAUAUAUCAACAAUAGGAGUCUUUUUCUACCAAACCAGCCGUUCACAAGUGUUGGAUGGACUUCCGGAUCUGGCUUCCCUGCCUUGCAUUGUCAAAGAGGUGUCGAGGAGGAAAAGAUGUUUGCUGCAAGUAUUGUUAAGCUGGUGAUACAUUUAAAGAACGACAUACUUUAUAUUUCCCAACUGACUACAAAGGCAAAAGUAGGAGAAAUGAGCGAAAACACAAUCUUUGAGGUGACGGACCAAAGGGGCUGGGAUACCUUUCAAGGAAGGAGCAAUAAACAUCAUGCCAUCACCACUUGUGCAAUAAUUCGAAAUGAAAAUUUUGACCGAGUUCUGCUAUGCUAUGGUCAGAAGAGUUUCGAUGGAAUAACAAGACUGCGAGAAAGGAUGGCGGGGGAAGGAAACAAAAACUCGCUGAAAAGCCGGAGCAAAGGGCAUCAGAAGCUAUGGGUUAGGAAGCAACCGAGGAAAGAGUUGGUUGAUCUCAGGACUCUCCUCAUCCAUUGCGCAGAAGCUGUGGCAAAAGACAACCACCUGUUGGCCAAUGACCUCCUAAAGAAGAUAAGACGACACUCCUCAGCAGAUGGUGAUUGUACUCAGAGACUGGCAUUUUACUUGGUGGAUGGCCUUGAGGCACGCUUGGCUGGAAUUGGGAGUCAUGUUUAUCGCAAUCUCGUGGAAAGGCGAACAAAUACCACAGAUUGGCUAGAGGCUUACAGCCUUCUUCUUGAAGCUUGCCCUUUCAAAAGGGUGUCAUACAACUUUGCCAACCAAACUAUUCUUGAUGUCUCGCAAAGGCAACCAAGGGUGCACAUCGUUGAUUUUGGCAUCAGCUUCGGCUUUCAGUGGCCAUCAAUGAUUCAGAGGUUUGCACAGCGAGAAGAGGGAGCCCCUAUGCUUCGGAUCACAGGUAUAGAAGCUCCCCAGCCAGGUUUUCGCUCCUGCGAAAUGAUCGAGGAGACAGGGAAGCGGUUAGCUGAUUAUGCAAACAUGUUCAACGUACCUUUUCAGUAUCAGGGCAUUGCCGCUUCAAGAUGGGAGACCAUUAAAAUUGAGGAUCUUAACAUUGACGAGGAUGAAGUUCUCAUAAUCAACUGCAUAUUCCGGAUGAAGAAUCUUGGUCAUGAAACCGAAUCCAUAAAUAGCGCAAGGGAUGAGGUGCUGAAAAUUAUGAGGAGGAUGAACCCAAAGGUGUUUAUUUCUUGCACCAUGAAUGGUUUACACAGUUCUCCCUUCUUCAUACAACGAUUCAAAGAGGUUAUGCUCCAUUACUCUUCAAUGUUUGAUAUGCUUGAUGCAAAUGUUCCACGGGAUAAUGAAGCAAGAGAGAUGAUUGAGAGGAUCAUAUUUGGGCGGGAUGCACUUAACCUCAUAGCAUGUGAGGAUGCAGAAAGGACUAGGCCAGAAAGUUACAGGCAGUGGCAAGCAAGGUUUCUCAAGGCUGGGUUCCAGCAGAUUCCUGUCGAUCAAGCUGUCUUAAAGAAAACAGUACACAUGAAGAACUCACUUUAUCAUGAGGAAUUUUUUGCUGUUGAAGAUCGCGGUUGGCUGCUACAAGGAUGGAAAGGGAGAGUAUUUUAUGCUAUAUCGAAAUGGAAACCUGAUGAUCAGUAAGACUCGAACAGUUUUUCAAGUGCACAAACAUCCAUAGGCAACUUUACCACCUCUGUAACCACUUGCAUGAUUCUCAACACAAUGGGUCUAAAUUGCUGAACACUGUAAGACAUAUAUUCUUUCGUCAGAUGAGCAUUGGGAACUAGUCCCUUGGAAGAAGAUGGGAUGGCGAAUAAUGUUGACAUUCAACAUGUUUUGAUUUGGUCCAACUGCGCAACUACAUAAUCAUAUGUAGCAAAAGGCAACUGUACGUACUUUGCUUCUGUCAUCUCUACUCUUAUAAAAAACAGAGUUGGUGAUGAUGGUGUGCCUGCCAUCCUGCAAUAUAGGUCGUUCGAUUUAUAUCUGACGGAUAGGAAGGAAACUAUGGCAAUUUUGCAAAAAAGA